UCAUCUCCCACCACACAAAACCCUCCCCACUACCUUUCGGAGCUCGGGAGUCUCCAACUUCUCCGUCCUUUGCCGUACACCAUCCGCCGCCGCCAGCAUAAUUAUAUUAAUACGGUAAUACCCCAUUGCCCCACAUGGCCCACAUCAAUUUAUAAAUACCCCUCUCAAAUCGCUCUCUCUCGCUUCCCUCCAAAGCACAGAGAGCGACGACCUUUCUCACAUACCCCCGGAAGCGGAGCCACCGGCCAUGGACCCAGGCGGAGCAACCAAUGUCGCCACCGCGCGCGGCGGAGGCGGUGAGGUCGGGGUCCGGAUUCACCAAACCCGACGGCUCCCCGAUUUCCUCCAGAGCGUUAAUCUCAAGUACGUGAAAUUAGGGUACCAUUACUUGAUCUCCAAUCUCUUAACCCUCUGCUUUAUCCCGUUGAUUAUCGUAACCCUAAUCGAAGCCUCCCAAAUGGACAUUUACGACAUUCAACAACUCUGGCUGCACCUCCAGUACAAUCUCGUCUCCGUCAUCAUCUGCUCCGCCGUCCUCGUCUUCGGGUUGACCGUCUACAUCAUGACCCGACCCAGACCCGUUUACUUGGUCGAUUACGCCUGCUACCGCCCGCCCGAUCACCUCAAGGCACCGUACCAGCGCUUCAUGGAGCACUCCCGCCUCACGCAGGACUUCGACGACUCGUCGCUCGAGUUCCAGCGUAAGAUUCUCGAGCGCUCCGGCCUCGGCGAGGAGACUUAUGUCCCGGAGGCGAUGCAUUACAUCCCUCCCCGGCCGUCGAUGGCCGCCGCCAGGGAGGAGGCGGAGCAGGUGAUGUACGGUGCUCUGGAUAAUCUGUUUGCCAAUACCCAUGUGAAGCCAAAGGACAUUGGGAUUCUCGUUGUGAAUUGCAGCUUGUUUAAUCCGACGCCGUCGCUUUCCGCGAUGAUUGUUAAUAAGUACAAAUUGAGGGGUAAUAUUAGGAGUUUCAAUUUGGGGGGAAUGGGUUGUAGUGCUGGGGUUAUAGCUGUUGAUCUUGCCAAGGACUUGUUGCAAAUCCACCGGAAUACUUAUGCUGUUGUUGUUAGUACUGAGAACAUUACUCAGAAUUGGUAUUUUGGGAAUAAGAAGUCUAUGUUGAUACCCAAUUGCUUGUUUCGUGUUGGGGGUUCCGCGGUUUUGCUUUCCAAUAAGUCCGUUGAUAGGAGGCGGGCUAAGUACAAGCUUGUUCAUGUUGUGAGGACCCAUCGUGGCGCGGAUGAUAAAGCUUUUCGUUGUGUUUAUCAGGAGCAGGAUGAUAAGGGGAAGACUGGUGUGUCUUUGUCGAAAGAUUUGAUGGCAAUUGCCGGUGGGGCGCUUAAGACCAACAUUACCACUUUGGGACCUAUUGUGCUUCCUAUAAGCGAGCAGCUUCUUUUCUUUUCAUCACUUGUGGUUAAGAAGCUGUUCAAGUCCAACGUCAAGCCAUAUAUCCCGGAUUUCAAGCUGGCAUUUGAUCAUUUUUGCAUACACGCCGGAGGAAGGGCUGUGAUUGAUGAGCUGGAGAAGAACCUGCAGUUGCUGCCUACACAUGUUGAGGCCUCUCGAAUGACUCUACACCGGUUUGGGAAUACUUCGUCGAGCUCCAUUUGGUAUGAAUUGGCGUAUAUGGAGGCCAAGGGGAGGAUCCGCAGGGGCAAUCGUAUCUGGCAGAUUGCCUUUGGAAGUGGUUUUAAAUGUAACAGUGCGGUCUGGGAGGCACUUCGGAAUGUGAAGCCAUCUUGUAAUGGUCCUUGGGAAGACUGCAUUGACAAGUAUCCUGUGAAAGUAGUUUCCUAGCUCAAGAACAUCAUUCUGGUUCGACUCUCCAUUCAGAGUUAUCUAUCAUUACUAGCCUAACCACUCUAUCUUGCAUUUUUCACUUCUUGAUCUUGUACUUUAUUUGGUUUUUGUUGUAUUAGAUACUUGAUGUUAAACUGUGAUUUUUCUCUGCUCGAUUCUCGCAUAUGUUCAGUCGUUUGUCCAGGGAAGUUACAAUUUGUAGCAUUGCUUAUUUUUGUAUUGAGAAUGCUUCCAAUUUACCAUGUUGGAUGUAUCUCUAUUUAUAUGUUAGCGUUUUAGAGUAUACUUUUUCGAUUUAGUUAAUUCAGCUUGUAUCAGGACCUCUGUCUUCAAUAGUCAAUAAAACCAAUUCAUUCAGAUGAA